AUGGACCUUGCAAGAUGGAUCCGAGAAAGAAUUUCUUCAUCAAUAAUGGAACCUUCUCGCCAGUCUUUGCUUGAGCUAGAGGCAACUCAAGUUGUUUCUGAGGAAACGUGGAUGUUUCCAACUGAGGAAGAAAAAGCGAGUGAUGAUUAUUUGAAUUUAGCACAAACUGUUGUGGAAAGCCUUAAAAAUACGAACUGCGUUUGGUCAUCAACAGACCAGAAAAAUUUGAACGUUGGAGAGAAUUUUGAUUCGUCUAAGAUACUAACGAACAAAGAAAAAGCACAAAAGAUCUUAGUAAAUUUUCAGCUGCUACUUUUGGCAAAGAUAAAUGACUCUAAUACGGCCUUAACACAAAGAGAUAAUGUAGACGUGAUAUCUAAGGGAUUAUUACCAUUGGACUUCAAACAAUGGGUACCACUUACAGUUUCUGUCGACGGGAACUGCCUUUAUAAUGCAGUGUCCAUUUCAUUGGUGGGUGACAUCUUAGUGGCUGCCCUUUUGCGUAUGCUGACUGCGUCGGAACUAUUUGCUCAUUCUGAAUUCUACUCCAAGCACUCGCAACUAGGGGACUUCUCAAGGGUCUCCAGAUAUUCCCUGUCAUCUAUUAUCUCUAUUUUUCUAAGUGAAAACAAAGCACUAAGCGUUUUUAAUGGAAACAGAAACAAAGUGUCGAGAGCAAUUGAGACCAUGGCCCAAGUAACAGCCAAACCAUAUGUAUAUUCAUCAGCAUUUAACAUUCUUGCCCUGGCGUCUGUCAUAAGACGACCAAUUUUUGCGGUUCAUCCAGACAAACCCACAGCACUUCACAUGAAGUUGGCCACUCACGGUUUCUAUUACCCAAGGGAAGCUCUCACUGCUGGUUCUGAUCUUGAUAGUAUUAACAGUGAUGCGAUCUAUGUCAUGUGGACCAGAACAAACGGACUCCCCAUCAAUCCCUGGAAACCGAACCACUUCAUUCUCCUCAAGAAAAAAACUGACGCUUUUCCAGGAAAGAAUUACACUGUAUCUGCUGCCUCUGAACAAAAUACCUCAUCUCCAACUUCCUCCUGUCCGGACACUGUAGAGAGUUCAUUGUCUAAAACAAAAUGGCAUUUACCGAAAGUAGAAGAUCCUGGUGACAGAAAAGUUCCUAACAAUUCACCAAACAUAAUUAAAUCGGGUAGGCAAAAACGGCUGUUCAAUCAGAGUGAUGCAAAUAAAGAGCAUGGGCAGCCUCAUAAAAAGGCCAAGGUAAAAUCUUUAUUGGAUGUGAAACCUUAAGAUGUAAUAGUGGGGAGCCGUGGAUCACAUACUCAUAGCAAUCCUGCAGAUACAAAUGACGAAGAUGUUUUACCUCUUAAGGGGCCCGGGUUUCGCUGGUAUACAAAAAGGGGAAUUACUUACAAUUCAAACUUGGCAAGAUCAAAGGAGCGGACUAAAAAUGCUGUCAUUAUACAGGUUAUUGAAAUGAAAGGACUAAUACGUGGAAAUGCUAAAGGGUCUCUGGCUCAAAAUGUUGAAGAUCUUUUAGAGAGACUGAAUUCUGCCGGGUCCUCAAAACAACAUGCCCAUUUGAGUACUGUGAUAUCUCUCGCGAGUCACAUUAUGAAUAAUGGAUUGAUAGUCCCCACGCAAGAUCUUGCGAAAAAGUACAAAGAACUGAAGCAUUUGAAGGAGUCGACCCACCUUGAAUCUUCGUGUUUACUUGAGAUUAUGUCAAAACACUUAAAUGUAGCACAAAUUUAUAUUGAAGGGAAAGGCUACAUUAUAGAGAACCAUGGCAGAGAAUUAGCCAAGGUUGUUGGGUCACUUCAACAACUGAUAGAAUUGGACCAGGCAAUAGUGAAUAGAAAAGUCGAGGAGGCCGUCGGAAGCACGUACGAGACUCUGUUAAAAUAUCUUGAUACUAAAAGAGACCAUGACACCGUCAAAGCUAUUCUGGUGAAGAUUACCAGUGCAAAGUGUAUGGCCAAAUUAGCCAAUGUGCAAGACAAAAGGAGUUUCUCGCACUCGAAGGGUCUUGUUUUCAGAAACCUUUAUUUGUUCGAGGAAAUGAAGCUAGGGAUUGAGGUUACAGAGCCGACAAUGAGCGAAGGGGCAAGGAGAAAAAAAUGA